AUGAAAGGUCGAAAGAAUGAUGAAUCUGUGCCGUCUCUUCUUUUGGGUCGUUGUUCUGUCGAAACAAAUUUUGGAAAUAAUUUGGAGAUUAAACCUUUUCUUUUUGAUAUUUCAAAGAAUUCUGUGCUUGAUGAAUUUUAUGAAGAUUCUAAUGAUGAAGCUGAUUCUGAUAGUAGUACAUCUGAUUCUGACGAUUCUGAUAUUGAUACUAUGGGGAAGAUGAUGCUAGGAAUGAUGUUUGCCGGGGCGGCUACACGCGCGAUGGCUGAAAUGUUUACAAAUACUGUUGAGAAUUAA